AUGAAGGAGUUUCCUUCUUGUUUUGGAGAAAAUGGGGUUCAGGUUGCUGACUCAUCCUCAUCAAGCACCACAAGAGCGGCUCAAACUGUUGUCACGUGUGUGUACCAGUGCAAAUUAAGACGCCGUUCAUGUCUGAUCAUGGUCUCCUGGACCAAAACUCUGAUGAGUCAAGGCUUGAGCGUGGGAAUUGAUGAUUUGGGAAAUCAUUGUCCCUGCAAGGUUGAGAUAAAGCCAUCGCUAUUCUCAAAGAGAAAAGGGUCCAAGAAUUUGGAGGUCCAAUCUGGUAAAAUUGAUAUCUUUUGGGAUUUGAGUUGUGCCAAGUUUGGUUUCGGGCCUGAGCCGCUGGAGGGGUUCUACUUAGCGGUGGUGUUCAACAAGGAGCUGGUGUUGCUGCUUGGGGAUCUGAAAAAGGAGGCAUGCAAGAAGAUGGACAGUGAUUGUGCUUUUUCCCACAAUGGUACCAUUUUCAUCGCAGCGGAGAGCUGCAUGGCCACCGACAGGCUUGAUUCAGAGGCCGCUAUGGAGAGCGAGAGAUUUUCCAUGGCGGAGUUAUCAUAA